AAGAACUUAUAAAAGAAAAGCAAAACACAGUAAACAUUAAUGGAGACGAUUCAGUCUUGCCCAGAAAGAAACUUCGCGCUUGAUUCCUAUUCCUAGGAAUCUGCUCUUCCCUCAUCUCAGCGAUUUCCGAUGGUUCAAUUUGAUUAACUCAACUGGGUAUUCAACAGAAUUCACUAUGCAACGACUUAGAGCUUCAAGGACAUCGAUUUCUGGCUCUUUAGCUGCUGCCCAGUUGAGGAAGAAAGCUCUCAAUUCAUGGGCCGCUAUUCAGGACACCUUUUUCUCAACGAAGGAUAUAUUUGAAAGGCAUAAGGUGGUCUUUACGGUUGGAACUUCCAUGGCAUCAGUUGCUACGGCGUGGUUUGGCUAUUCUUUGCGGCACCUACAUGAUUCAAGGGUUGAUCAAAGGCUUGAAUCAAUCGAGAAAGCUAUGAGAAACAGUCAUCUUGGUGAACAUUCAGAAAUUAGAAAGAUUGUUGAUUCCGGAAGUUUAAGCACUUCUGCCUGUGUAGCUACUGCUGGAACCACUUUAGUUAUUGGGUAUGCCUUGGGUUGGCGAGGUGGGAGGUGGUAUGCAAAUAGGCAAUUCAAAAGGGAGCAGAUGAAAAUGCUUGGGCAAUUAAGACCUAAAAGGUGGCAAUUGCUUGGGCGGGUAACCACUCGAGACGGAUACAUUCUCAGCAUUCAGAGAAUUCCAGUGGCGCGGCCAGAGGAGAAAGCAAGAAACAAGCCACCAGUUCUUCUGCAACAUGGUGUUCUGAUGGAUGGAAUAACAUGGCUGCUACUUCCACCACACCAGUCUUUGGCAUUGCUGUUGGCAGAUAAUGGAUUUGAUGUGUGGAUAGCCAACACUCGUGGAACGAAAUAUAGCCGUGGCCAUGUAUCACUUGCUCCUACUGAUGCGGCUUAUUGGAAUUGGUCAUGGGAUGAAUUAGUGGCUUAUGAUCUUCCAGCUACACUCCAGUAUGUGCAUGAUCAAACAGGACAAAAACUGCAUUAUGUUGGGCAUUCACUGGGAACUUUGGUUGCUCUUGCCGCGCUUUCGAAAGACCAGCUAUUGAAUAUGGUGAGAUCAGCUGCCUUACUUAGCCCAAUUGCUCAUGUUGGUCAGUUGACCUCACCACUUGCAAGAAAUGCUGCUGAGAACUUCAUUGCUGAGACAUUAUACUGGUUAGGUAUUCACGAAUUUGUUCCAAGAGGUGAAGCUGUUAUGAAUCUUCUCAAGGAUAUCUGCAAGAAACCUGGUGUUGACUGCACCAACUUGUUAACCUCUUUCACAGGUGAGAAUUGCUGCCUGAGUUCUUCGAUAGUGGAUGUUUUUCUGGACCAUGAGCCUCAAUCAACGUCGACAAAGAACAUGAUCCAUCUGGCACAGAUGAUAAGAGAUGGGACGAUCACGAUGUAUAACUACGGUGAUGAAAAUGAGAAUAUAAGACACUAUGGGAAGCCUUAUCCUCCAGCCUACAACAUGACAACCAUUCCAAAUGACCUUCCUCUCUUUGUCAGCUAUGGAGGGCAAGAUGCUCUCUCCGAUACCAAAGACGUGCACCUAUUGCUGGAUAGCCUGAAAGAUCACGACGGAGAUAAGCUCGUGGUUCAGUACAGAGAUGAUUAUGCUCAUGCAGACUAUGUAAUGGGUGAAAAUGCCAAGCAAGCUGUUUAUGAUCCUCUCAUAGCUUUCUUUAGGCUUCAAUGACAGUAUCACUUGUGAAUACAAUAUCUCAUAAUGUGGAUCAAAGUAUAAAUACUGAAAUCUUGAAUUUCAUAAUGUCUGGAUUAAAUUCAAAUCCUCCUGUUAUUUUAGUAUGGCUAAUCAUGAGAAAAUAAUGCUCUUGUA